AUGGCGGAGUUCUGGCUGAUUUCAGUUCCCCUGGACAAAGUCAGUUCACAAUCUUUGGAAAAGCUUAAACGGGCUACAGUCAAAGCCAGCCUGGGAAGCUACUUCAGAUUCCACAUCCCCGAGCUGAAGGUAGGCACACUGGAUGUGUUGCUUAGUGUUUCUGAUGACCUCUCCAGACUGGACUCCUACGCAGAAGGCGUAAUGCGAAAAACAGCUCAGUGUAUGACGGAGCUCAUGGAACAGUCCAGUGACAAGGUCAUGGAGAAUGUUCUGGCAAAUGGAGAGCAAAAGGCACAUCGUAAAGUUCCUCAGUCGCCACUGAAAAUGUAUUUCCAAGCUUUGCGGGGUAUUGAUAUUUCAGUGGAUCUGACUACAUACAUGACGAAGUUCCAGUGGGACAGAGCCAAAUAUCCCAUCGCCCUGCCGCUUAAACCACUCACUGAUCUUAUCUUCAAGCAAGUGGCCCAGGUCGAGACGGAGCUGAAGUCUCGUAAUGCUGCGUACAGUGAUGUGAAACUCAGUCUGCAAGCACUUGAGCAACAAAGAGAGGGAUGUCUGCACACCAGAUCUUUGACUGGCAUCGUGAAAAAGGAGGACUUGGUUCUCAACUCAGAGUAUCUCACCACUUUACUGGUUGUGGUGCCCAGGAUGUGUAUUAGGCAGUGGGAAAACACCUAUGAAUCCAUGUCAGAGUUUGUGGUUCCUCGCUCCAGCAGGAAGUUGCUGGAGGAAGAGGACGCUGGGAUUUUCACAGUGACACUAUUCAAGAAUGCUGUCAAAGAAUUCAAAGCCAAUGCCAAAAAGCACAAAUUCACAGUGCGAGACUUCAACUUAGAGGAAGCCGAAUGGCAACAAAAGGAGAUGAGCCGCCUCAGCAUUGAUAAGAAAGAACAGUAUGGAAUAUUUGUGCGCUGGCUGAAGGUGAAUUUUAAUGAAAUAUUUGUGGCCUGGAUCCACAUUAAGGCCCUCAGAGUGUUUGUUGAGUCAGUCCUCAGGUAUGGCCUGCCAGUCAGUUUCCAGGCUCUCCUGCUUCAGCCACAGAAGAAGCAGGUAAAACGGCUACGAGACGAGCUCAACUCCGUAUUCACACACCUGGACCCCAUGGCUGUGGCUGGAAAACAGGAUGUGGGACAUGAUAUUGCAGAGGUGAACAUCGGACAGCAGGAAUACUAUUCCUACAUCUAUUACCCAAUCAGCAUUAACAUAGUGGACUCCAGCUAG